AUGGCUCGUAUCGCCUGGGACGACGAUGUAUCAAGCAUCUCCAGUGGUGACUCUGUUCACACCUUGUCCCCUUCUGACUUUGAAGUACUUGACAUGGAUGAGCCAAUGUCUUCGUUUGAGACGGGGAUAAUGACCCCAUCCGAGUCGUCCUUCUCUUUUACGCCGCCAGGAACACCCUCGACUGAAUCAGACUUUUCGGCACAAGAGAAAUGGGAUGACCUAGUCGUCACAUACCGUCAAGCCGUUAAUCAAGUUCGACAAAUUGAGGACGAAAUGACCAACCUCCGCUAUCGCAGCCUCCAGCCACGCAUCAGCAUGGACGUUGAGAGAUCCGGCAUCCACCAGCGAUCCCAGCCACGGACUGCUAUGCAAAGUCUAUAUGACAUCAAUGACGACAUGCAGCCCUCUCGACGAUGGGACAGCACCCGCACCACUCUCGACCUAGUGCCAGGAGCCCAUCAACUCAACCUUGAGUUGAGCGAGGCGGUGGAACUCUCAAUUGUGCAACUGGAUACCCUCAGUGGGAAGAAAACCAUGAUCAGCCUGACUGCCAAGUCAAGUGGGGCGAAUCUCAAGCAAUUGCUGGGAUUCUGGGAGUUCAGUAUGCCAUUGGACAAGUAG